AUGGAUCAAUUACGUACUCUUGAAUUUGUACAAUUACAAGCAUUUGCACGUGUACUUCAACAACAAAAUAAAAAAUCUCAAUCAACAAUUGAUAAAUUACAACAAAAAAAUACUCGUAUAUCAGCUGCUCAAUUACUUGCUGAAUCAAUUAAAAAACAAACUCUUGAUAAAAUAACAUUUGCUUUAAUUAUGGAUCGUAUAUUAGGCAAAGUUGAUAAUCAAUUAUUAUGUUUACGUGAUCAAUGUUAUAUGUCAGCUGUUAGUAAUGUACAAUCGUUAGUACAAAAAGAUAUAGGAACAACAAUGAUGACAAAAAUUGAGCAAGAACUAUCUCGUUUACGUAAUAAAGUUAAUCAUUUAACAUUAACUAAUGAAAAAUAUAGUCAAUUAAUAACUCGAUUAUUACAAGAUAUUCAACAUAUUCAUGACGUAUCAAAACAUGAUGUAAAAGAAGCACACAAUAUGCGUUUAUUUAUUCAAUCAUUACAUGAUGCUACUUAUCAACAUCGGUUUGAUCGAAGUGAAUGUAAAAUAAUAAAACGAUCAAUAAAUCAAUUAGAAUUGGGAUUUUUUGAUAAUCUUGUUCGCAUUCAACUCGAUGGAAAAACAAUUGGUCGUAUUACAACUUGGACAAAAAUAACCGAUAAAAAUGAUGAUAAUAUUGAAUGUAAAAUUAUGUAUUCUACUGAUGAAAAUUUAAACCAAAGUCAACAAUUAGCUUAUGAAUUACUUAAAAAUGAAAUCAAUAUCUAUUGGAAUCGUCCAUUAACAAGUACAAUAUCUAUGUCAUAUCUUAUAGACUUUAUACGAAAAUUAAUUGAAUAUUCACUUAUUGCAAAUAAUUUAUCCAGAACAUUAAUUGUUUGUCUUGAAACUUUACCAUGUAAAUUAAUUGAUAAUAAAUUUACUAUUGAUUGGUCAACACCACAAAUACGUCUUGAUAUUGAAUGGGAACUUGAUGAACGAAUAUUUCGUGAUUGUCCAUUGAAAUCAUCUUAUUGUUGUCAGCCACAACAUAAUGAAUUAUGUAAUGAACUUCAAACUCUUCUUGAUCGUAUGAAACCAAUCAAUGGUUCAAUUGCUAGUUUAUAUGAACAAGUUGAAAAACAUAUUCGACCAUGGAUUAAACUUCUUGAUGAAAUUCAAAAUGAUAAUAUAAAUAAACCUCAAGCUAAUAUAUCAUUACAAAAAUUAAAACAAUCAUUAGAAAAAUUACUACUUGAACAUAAUUAA